AGAUAGUUCUGACGUGACAGGUCUUGAGUUUUAUAAAAAUAUUUAUUUUCAUAUUGAACCGGAGUAUCUCGAAGUGGAUGUGACAACUAAACCAAUUAAGCUGCUGAAAAAGAUCCUGGUUCCAGUUCACCGGAAUCCAAAAUUCAAUUUUGUCGGAAAAUUGUUGGGACCAGGAGGAAAAACCUUACAGAAUUUAAUACAGCAGACGAAAUGCAGAAUUUAUGUUCUCGGGCGAGGUUCAUCUAGAGACAAGUCCAAGGAGGAGGAACUGAUCGCUUCUGGAGAUCCUAAAUAUGCCCAUCUCAAAGAUCCUCUUCACGUUCGUGUUGAAGUCAUUGCGCCGCCGGCCAUCGCUUACCAGCGGUUGGCGCAUGCACUUGGCGAACUGCAGUAUUACUUGCAGCCGGUACGUAUCAAAUCCAUCUUUUCUUUGCUAAUUAGAUUUUCAGGUAAGAGAUGA